AUGGCCGCUGCUGCUCCGGCUGCUUCCACGACCCCGGCCUCGGCCACGGUUCCUCCGCCUCAUGAUGAUGCAGCACCAGCACCAGCAGCUGCAGCCGCGGCGCCCCCGACCUCGGCCCCCGAGCAGCGCGCCGGCGGCCUGUUUGCCGUCCCAGGUCCCGUCCGCCAGCUCUUCAAGCUCUUCCCCUUGUGCGUCUACCCCGCCGAGUCGCUGCCGGCCCGGGCACCAGCACAGGUUCGCAAGCGGCCGCGGUUGCAAGUCCACGCCCGCCACAGCUCCCUCGAAAACGACCUGGAAGCUAACCGCAAGGCUCAUCAUGUACAGGCAUUCCUACGCAUCGCCGGCGUCGACGUCGAAAUCGUGCCGUCCAACAACCAUGCUUCUCCCUCCGGGGCGUUGCCGUUUCUCCUGCCUGCCUCGUCGGACCCGAGACCCGAUGUGCCCUUGACUGGCAGCAAGAUUGAGCGCUAUGCCUUGGAUCGCUCCCAAUACGCCAUCCCCGACGUUUCGUCAUCUCAAUUCGACGCAUGGCUCUCCAUCUUGUCUCAGAAGAUUCGGCCAGCUUGGCUUUUUUCCAUCUAUGUUGAGCCGAGAAACCAUCACUUGCUGGCACGCUGGUACCUCCCAUCCAACCCCAUUCUUCGCGCGUCGACCACGCACACGCUCCGCGCCGCGGCUGUGUCCGAGAUUCUCAAGACGACGCGCCGGCCACACAUCGACCCGAAGCAGCUCUUCGCCAACGCCAGAGCGGCCUUUAAAGCGCUGUCGCGGCUGCUCGGCGAUGACGACUGGUUCUUCGGCUCCGAGACGCCGGGCCUGUUUGACGCCGAGGUGUUUGCCUACACGCAGCCCAUCAUAGACCUUGCCUGGCUGUGGAAGGAUCAAAGGCUGACCGAAUGCAUGAACUGUAUCCUGGAGGAAAACAUCUUUCGCCACAGGUUCAGGUUGUAUGAAUGGUGCUGGGGAGAGGUCCCAGAGAGCUGCGCGACUGUCUGA